AGAGAAAAUGGCGGACCUAUCACUGCAAGACAGUGGAGCAGAAUUUGAAGAAUCUAUAAAAACAGAAAGGUAUUCCAGAUCGCGGUCAAGAUCCCCUUUGGACAGGUCACGCUCACGGAGCCCAGGUAGAAACAACCACAGAGAUAGGGAGAGAAGACGUAGUAACAUCACUGUGAAUACAAAACGUGUCUUUGUCAGCAAUGUGCCCUAUGAAAUGAAAUGGCAGGACCUCAAAGAUCUGUUCAGAAAAGAGGUUGGAGAGGUGGCAUUUGUGGAUAUGUUAGAAACAAAUGAUGGAAAAUCAAAAGGAGCAGGUAUCAUUGAGUUCAAAGACAAGGAGGGGGCGCGACGGGCGCUUGAAAAGAUGCAUCGGUAUAAAGUGAAGGACAGGGCACUUGUGGUCAGAGAGGAGAGGGAAAAAGAUCGCAUGCAGCUUCAGCAACAGAAGAUGGGAGGUGGGGGUGGAGGGCCUAUGGGGAUGAACAUGGGCGGAGGCAACAUAGGAGGUGGGAACAUGGGCGGAGGCAACAUGGGCGGAGGCAUGAUGGGCAACAUGGGCGGAGGAAUGAUGGGCAACAACUUCGGUAUAAAUCCGCAAAUCCUACAGCAGCUGGGCAUUGAGGGACCCAUUACUAACAGUGUUUUUGUGUCCAACCUGGAGUACAAUGUUACAUGGAAGAAGCUGAAAGAUGUCUUUAAACUCGCAGGGAAUGUUCUGCACGUUGAGAUCAAGAAAAAUAAAGAAGGAAAGAGUAAAGGCAUUGGUGUUGUGGAAUUUGAGCACCCUAUGGAAGCAGUUCAAGCUAUAUCUAUGUUCAACAACCAGGAGCUGUUUGGUCGAAUGAUGAGAGUCAAAAUGGAUGCUGACGCACCAGAAGUCCGCCCUAACCCCAUCAACUUACCGAGUGGCCUAAAGGGUAUAGGUAUGGGCCUUGGGGCAGGGGGAGCUCCUCUGCAGAACAUGCACCAGAUGCAAGGCAUGGCGCCAGGUGGGAUGGGGAUGGGAAUGGGAGGUGGAAUGGGCAGUUUCUCAGGUGGAAUGGGCAACAUGGGAAAUAUGGGUAUGGGAAUGGGCAACAUGGGUGGAGGCAUGGGCAACAUGGGGAAUAUGGGUGGUGGCAUGGGCAACAUGGGUGGGACCAUGGACAUGGGCAACAUGGGUGGAAUGGGUGCAGGAAUGAGCAGUGGGAUGAACACUGGUAUGGGUGGGAACAUGAACAUCCCGGCCAUGACGGGCAACCUAUCCGCGGGAAUGCCAUCCAACAUGGGAAACCUGGGGAAUCAGAUGAGCAACCUGAGUAGCGGGCUAAACACCAACAUGGGGAUGGGCAUGGGGGACAGUAUGAGCGGGAACUACGGUGGGGCUAACAUGGGCAUGAUGGGAGCAGCCAGUAACAUGGGUUCUGGGGGAUUAAGCGAGUACAGCACAAUGAGCUCGACAAACGUCAGUAACAUGAUGGGCAGCGGACAGGGGAUGGCCUCCAGCUACAACCAGAGCCAGCCGGCACAGAACUACAGUGGCAACUCCAACAGCAGCAGAAGUAAUGUGAGUGCCAUCGGCACCGUGUCCAACAGGGGACGACAAGAGGGCUGCACCGUUGUGGCCAAGAAUCUGCCGUACUCUUGUACGUGGCAGACUUUGCGGGAGCGUUUCAGAGAUGUGGGUGAUGUGAAAUUUGCGGAGAUUAAGACUGACAAGGAUGGGAAAUCCCGUGGGGUGGGUUUGGUGAGAUUUGGCAGUCCUGAGGACGCACAGCGUGCUGUCAACCUUCUCAACAGGACAAGGAUCGAAGGACGAGAGAUCGACGUCAAGCUGGACCGUUUCUAAAACGGUAUUGUCACUUUGUGCCCCCCCAAAACCCUUCAGUGAACCUCUUUGGCAGUCUUUGACAGUUUUUUAUUGUGGAAUUCUUGUCGGGUUGGAAUCCCUUGGAUUGUCAGUCCAUAUAACGGUAGUUGUCUUGAAAGAACUUUGAAGGUGUACAACAGACUCUUUAUUUUUAGUGCUGGCAUGGUGUCAUGAGAACUAUGUUGAAGUGAAGGGGGUAUCUUGUAUUUUACCAAAAUGAAAAACCAAAAAAGGCAAAAUCAAUUAUGGAUGUGCAAAGUCUUCUUGAAAUAUAAUAUGGGGAAAAAAAAUAUGCAGAUCUGAGCAAGUUUAGGGAGAGUUCAAAUCUGCUGCCUGAAAAAAUCCGUAGAUUGUUUUAUCAUUGUUCAUUCUUUAUUUUGUAAUGAUAGAUUGAUUUGUAUUAUCGGCAGAAAUUAUCUCCAGCGAUCAUCUUCUCAUCCACAUUUUCUCUGGGGCCAAGUAGUAUUUCGUCUGUAUUCUCGCGAUGUUUCUGGUAUUCUUAAUAAAUAUCUUGACAGUGGAUUGGGAUGGUUGGAAUGGCUUGUGUUUUUGUGUGUUUGUUCUCUGUUAUAUCUGAUCGGACCGUUUGCCACUCUAGUCAGUGCCGACGCCUGCAGUUAAAUGAGUCAACAUGUACAUUGCUCUGUGAGAAGUGUUGUUGUUGUAUAGCUAGUCUUCAGGUAUAACAGUUUCUGUUCCAAACAGUUAUUGUUAACAUAUUGUUUUUUUGUCCGAAAGAGUCUAUAUAUGAUGAGUAAAAGUGUACUGUGUACAGACUUGGAUUGUCUCCUCCACCAUAUUAGAUACUUUCUGUUUGUUUGACAUGUUUGCAAUGGUGGUGGAGGUCAUGGUAGAUCGAAUAUUAUGAUUGGCCUGGUCUGCUGAAGUGUGUCAAAAUAUGCUUUGGUCUUAAUAUUGUAAGUUGAACUAGAAAAACACUGAUGCUUUUCUCCAGAUUCGCCAUUGUAUCAAUUCUUUUGUCAUCAGUCAUAUGCUUAUGUAUGUGCUCAUGAGGUUAAAUUUGGCACAUUGAUGGUGUCCAAAAUGACCUUACGCGUUAUAUUCACGAUGGGUUGAUCAACCCAGGUCUUGUGGUAAGUUGGGUAAAUUUGGAUGUGUGUGCCUACCGUGUCACAGGGAUAAAAGUGUGCAAGUGUAGCCUGACCAGCCAGAGGUGUUUGUCAUUUCUGCCCUUACAUGUGCAAGACGCUGUCACAAGACUUUGAACUGGGAAGAAUGGAUUUGUCUGAUUAACAAGUGCAAAUUUGCAAAAAAAAACUUCUCACAAGAGUAUGUCGUCUUCCCUUUGUAAGUGAAUGGCUAGAGGAAACUUUAACUGACAGAGAGACAGGCAGACACAGACAGGCUGAGAAACACACAGGCAUAUAAACAUAAAACAUAAACAUAGUAGAUAGGCAGACAGACACAGAGACAGACCGACAAACAGAAUGACCACUGUCGCUAAAAGAACAACAGUUUGUUAAAUGAUAAUCUAACCCAUAAGUGAUCCCUUUAGGAAAUGGAAACUUGACGUGUUUGUUCUGCGGCUUAAUAUCAGUGCUUACUCAGCAUUUUACUGCUUUCAUUGCUAUCAGACAUUCUCAUAAUCUUCCCUUUGUCAGUCGUAUCCCUAUUAGAUUUAUUUCGACCAAUGAUACGUUUUGCCUAAGGUGAUGGCUGCUGUAAAACUUGUAAAUGACAACGUGUAAAUGGAUUCUGUAACAUGAAUCUCUUUCAUGUGAGGUAGUUUUUCUUUUUAUUCAAAGAUGCGUGGUUUCUGUGUAUGUCAAGCCUGAAAAUAGAUUUUGUACUUAUUCAGAAUUUUGAUGAUAUGGAAGAAAAAAAACUAAAAAAAAACUAUGAUGUCUGGUGAAAGGAUAUGGUUGUAUCCAUUGGUCUUAAAGGGGUGAUCAGCAUUUGUAGUUGAUCUGUUUUCAGGCUUGGGCUUGAAUGGGCCUGUGGUCUUAGUUCUGAAACAGGAUUGUAUCACCGUGUCUUAUGAUUAAUCUGAAUUAAUAGUUCGUCUGAAGUCAUGAAUAAUGGAUUGUAGGCGAGCUGAUUGAGAUUAGAAAAGCUCUGUAUUUCUGACUUGUUUUUUCCCCCCCACACUAUGGAAUUGAUAAGUGUGCACAGAAAAAUAUUUGACACCCAAGAUUUCCAAAGAUGUUAAUUGAUGUUUGCAUUAACAUGAAAUCAUUCUGGCACACUUGCUCUUCCAUUGAAGUGUAUCUAAUGUUUCCAUCUAGUAUGAUAUGGUGUGGUGGAAAAUGAUUUUAAAUGUGUUAAGAAAUGCUGUGUUGUCUAGCUACCUUAAGUAAGAAUUUCGAAAAGGUUUGAUAGUCUUUAGUCAAGUGAACGAAGCAGCUAAUCUGCUGAUGUUGCCAAUUGUUUGAAAAGGGCCACUGGUCUAUUCUUCCUUGUGUGCAUCGUUGUUGUUGUUGUUCCAGGUAAGUACUAAGUCUUGGAGAACUGCAAGUUGUUUCAGAAAAUACCUUUACGAUUGUUUUUGUUGUGACAUGAUCCUUGUUUUGUUGCGUUUCUCGGCUGGCCUGUUGUGAGGCUCUUGACUGGGCCUACAGUCUGUGGGGGAAUAUGUCUCGCUUAACUCUCCCGAGUUGAGGCAGAUCUGUCGGUCAGUCUAUUGGCCUCUGAAGAGUACCUGUUCAAAGUCAGAAUAUUUACCAUGAUGGAGCUGCCUGGAAGGUUCUUCUCAUCCAGAACUUGACUAGAUUUCUGAACAGGUUCUCUGUCACAGAAGAUUGCUUAUGCGGUAAGCUCUACGACAAUUCAUUGUUGGGGGUCGAUCUUAAAAAAAAAGUCGUCAAGGUCUGUUACUUGAAAUCUGGUAGAGUUAGGCAGCUGUAUAUUAUUACUAGUAGAAAUAUAACAUCAUCCCAUUGCAAGUGUUAUACAGCACAAUCUGUGGGCUGUUGGAAAUGUCAUUUGGGUCUCAAGUGGGCUGCCUUCAUCACUAAACUGCCUGGCUGGAAAAUGGAGUAAUUGCACUGUCUGAAGGGGGUUUUAUUUUUGGGUCGGUUCCGCAAUUUGAGGUUCUUCAGUAAAUGGGACUUAAGUAACUGAUUCAGGAAUUCUGGAUGUCCUCUUCCAGAAAGAAAGCUAGCAUGACAUGAGUCCUCAUAAAAAAUGUAAAAGUUCAAAAAGUUCAGAAAUGAAAAAAAAAAAUUAAUAGUGCAAAAGUUACUAAAUCAAGGAAAAAACAUGUUGAAAACUCUGUUUUAAAAUAAAUUUCAUUGACUCUCCCUCCUGGAAUUAUAAAUAACAAAUUUUGUCCAUAUCGUGUGAUAUAAUAGUUUCUGUAAAUUGUACUCAUCAAUCUGAAGUAUCUGCUGGUGUUUAAAAGAGAGCUAAAUAUCUCUAUGUCAAGAGGUAAACAAAAUUCUGCAUCCUAGUGAACAGUUGGCUGCAAGUCAAUCCUUGAUUUAAUUCCUGUUUGAAGUACACAAUCUUGUUUGUAGGUGUGCAAUGCCAAGUCUAUACCAGCUCAAUUAAACCGAUCUCCUAAAGGCCCGGUUGACCAACCAGCAUUGACUGGACCAUGUAAGUGCGUCAUGCCACAUGUAUGGCCUUAACAACAGAAGCAGGAAUUUGGAGUUCAAGUUCUGUUGUAUUCCGAUCAAUGUGAGGCUAGCAACGACUGUCGAAAAAGGAAGAGUUGCCAGAAGUGCUGGACUUCUGUGUUUAUAGAGGAACACAAAGCAGACUGGAGUGAGGGGAAACAUUCAUGUGUCAUACAGUGGACUGGCUGGCUUAAGACUGCUUGUUGUCUGGGACAUUGAUACCUUGAUACAUGUAAUGACACUACAUAUACACGAGGGUUAAGAGGAGUAACAGGCUGUACCAGAUUAUACCCUGAUAGCUACCCACAUGCAUAGAGGAAACUACUGUCCAUCUCUGAGUAAUCGAUGAACUUUCAGGUGUAAACUCAUGGCCAACUCUGUGAGAGUGUGUAGACACGAGACCGAGAACUUGACCUGGGUUUGUCAGGACUUGAUUACCUAAUUAAAUGUAUAGAGGAGUACAGUUGAAGUCACAGAACCAAACUUGUGUAUUUGCUGCUGUAGUUCGUCGGUACAAUUGAAGUGGACAGUGUUAUGCUAUCUUGAUAAUAAUUUAAUGUCUAGGUAAAGAGAGUUGAACUUGUCAGCCACUUGAAUUUGCUGGUUAUCGUGAAGGGCCAAGUUGUUUAUUUGCAGCUAUCGAUGGGUAUCAGACAGAUCUGUUAAACAGUUAUAUGCUAUCUUGAUAAUAGUUUAAUGUCUGUAUCAGGACAGUGGAACUUACCAGCAACCUAACUUACAGAUUAUCAUCAGGAUCAAACCAAACGUAAGACCAGUGGAAAGCUAUCUUGUGAAUAUUAUUUAUGAUAUUUAUAUUAUUUACAGAUAUUUGUUUUUUUAUUAUUUGAAAUAAAUCACUUAGUAAAGGUCCCAACGUCAGAAUUGAAAGCUUGUGUAA